AUGAUACAUAAUGAACCGUCUACCACGACGGCUUCCAAUGUGGAGAUUUUUUUGAGGCUUCUUUUUUCUGUUAUAUUUCUCUUUGCAUGCUGUCUUGUUCUGAUGCUGUACGUGCACAAGGCUUUUGGCCUUGCUGUUCAGUUAUUUCUGCGUUACUGUAUCCUUCCAUCUACAUCACGAAUUAGACUUGGGGGAAUUUUCAUUGCUCCUCUAAGUUGCCGCCUGUUCAUUCAGGAUCUCUUUUAUCAAGACGAGAACUUGUCACUCCGUGUCGUUGACGGGUACGUCUCAUUUGUAUUUUGGGAUACAUGGUGGAAAGAUGUCUCUUGGACGUCCAUACGAGAUUUCAUGGUGAGUGAAGAUCUCAAAGGCAUGCGGUGUCGUGCGGUGGUGAAGUUGCAAUGGGUGCAUGGUGUAAUUGUGGAGGUCGUGCAAAAUGGACGCAAAGUGCGGGUGCGACUAGAUAGGGAAACGGAAGAGAAUGCCUCACCGAUCACUGUUACGACUGGUGAUCGUUCAAGCAGUUCAAGUUGUGUUGAGCUUGAUACUAGAGAUGUGAGUGCAGCUGCAGGUAGUGGAGUCAGCAAUAAUCACUACGACGUCUCUAAUCAUAGUAAUAAUAAUAAUAAUAGUAAUAAUAAUAAUAGUAAUAAUAAUAGCAAUAGAGGUAGCAAUAACAUCAACAACAACAAUAGAAAUACUGCUCAGUCUAAUCAAGAAGAAACCCGCACAUUUGGUGAUGCCCCACUUUACUCUUCCACAAACAUGGAACCGAUGUUCUCCCCAAUGGAAGAUGAUGAAGAGGAAGAAGAAGACACUGGGGAAACAAGACUGUUUGAUGUGGACGCCGUGCAAAUUCCGCAGAAACGUGGUAAGGUUCGUGUACAUUUAAAUGGAAUGGGUCUAAGUCUUUAUAAUGCCACAUGGAAUUACAAAAAAUUGUCAUCCGAAGGUUCAACUCCAACACAAGAAGAACAAUCAACUCAUAGAAACAGUUUACAUGGAUGGGCACUACGAAGUAUUAUGAGCCGUUUUAUGACAGAUGAAGAAGGUGACUCUCUUAGAGCGGAAGAGGUGCGGCGAGGGCAUAGUGAACGUUUGGGUAAUGAUGACAACAUCUAUGAUGAAGAUGCAAAACUAAAGGCACAAGAACAACAGCGACAAUUAAAACAAAAAAAGUCUCUUUUUGAGCGUUUUUACGAUUUCAUUCAAUUUAUCGAAGUUGAAUUGUUUGCGAGUUACGUUGAUAUUGGUGGUGCUGGAGCACCACAUCCGUAUUUUAUGCACAUUGGUUUCAAACGUGGUGAGGGUCGCACCUACUUGACUCAAGAUGGACUGCCAAGCAUAGAUCUCUACCGUUUCGUUGCAGAGAUGACACUGGAAGACGCGAAUGCACGUUGGUGUUCCAUGAAAAACGAGAAGGAGAGUAGCAAUAUUGCCCCACAACAAGAGCAGAAUAAUACAUGGCGUGAUUCGUUUGUACUCAUGUUUAGAGGGACCUCACCGAAUGAAAUGCAUGGUCCAACUCUAGACGACUCUUCUUCUUUGAUUCGAAAUUAUGGUAUGAUUCUUAAUGGUAAGGAGAAAUCCACAGUACAUAUUGUUUUUUACCGUGAUGUGACUAAUGUUUAUGCGGGUGAAGAUGUGAGUCGUCGCUCCCAGUUGCCACACAUUGGCCUUGAAGUUCUCAUUGAUGCCCCGGAGUUGAGCUACGGGCCCUGGUCACACUACUCUCUUAUGAAACUGAAAGAGUUUUUUUAUCCCACAACAUACAUGCCACUCGAGCCACUGAAAUUUGAGUUGGGUCAACCACGUCCACUUGCGGGAUUUGACAUAUUUGUGGAGUUUCUGUGUGAUACAUCUCUAAUCAUACCGUUUAAACGCAAGAGCCCAGCGCCAUCGCCGCCGUUUGGUAUUCGUGAUUCUGGUCGUAAAGGGGUUAUAUUUCUAACACUUGGACGGGGUUCUCAAUAUAUACAGAAGCCACAAUUUCUCUUGCAGGGCGAGAAGAAGCAAGUAUAUGAAAGCCUCUUCAGUGCGAAGAAUAUAUGGAUGGCGACCAACGCCAUUCAGGAGAGCAGCACGGUGCUUGCACAUGCGCAGACAUUGGAUUUAUUCAUUGACAGACUAGAUGAUCGUGCGUACAAUGGGCGUAAACUAUGGAAUAUACUUCCUUCUCUGGGGGAGGGAGAGGCGUGGUGGUAUAUGGAAUACAUCUCUUUUUUUAUGGAUCUCAUCAACGACUGGCAGUUUGUACCGCAAAUGUAUCAUGGUGAACCUCUCUCAACAGAGAUUUAUAACACGUACAAGCAAUUUGUGAAGGAGUUUAUUCCAAAUGUAAAGCGUUUUGAGGUUUUUUUUAAUGGAGUUACACGACUGCAUGUUAAUACAAAUCCGCAAAAUGUAGUUUUUAGCGAGAACAUUAACGAUAAUACCGCCAAUACUUUUUUGACCUUUUCCGUGAAGAAUGGUGGUCACUUCUUUAUGACAUUACCAAGUGAUGCGUACCUGCUGAAUUCUUUAACAGAGGUACAUCGUCCUUUUGAAUUGUCACUACAAGAUAUUGAAGCUUUCUUGACUCUUCCUCUCACACACCCACUUUGCGAAAUGGUGGAUGCAACCAAACCAUUUGCGCAACUUGAUGAACUUUCCCUGAAAGGAUCACAAGUUGUGCACAUACCAAAUCAAACAGUACCACAAGACAAGAACCCGGUGGAUCCCACUACAGGUCAAACCAAGCUAACAAACUAUCUUGAUAUUGAGAUUAAUUUGACUGGUCUUCGUGGUUUCGUAAUGGCACCACAUAUAUGUGCCCUAUUAGAUGCACAGUCAAAUCUUUUUGGGGCUUCUGUAUGUGUUAUACGCCCCGAUGAACUUUUCUGGCCUCUCUCAAAAAUUCAACCCAAGAUGGAUUUACCAAAGAACGUACGUCAACGGUUUAAUGAUUUUAUUCAGAAAGACGAGCCACGAAGCAAUGAUCAAGAGAUAAGUGUAACACUUACUAUUUUAGACGUCGAUGUCACAGUUCAAGCUGGGAGAACGGAAUCACCAAAACUUAAUUUGUGUUGUGGAAAAUUCAGUUUUUCACUUAUUCGACAUUGUAUUACAAACGAUAUAACUAUUACGCUUACACCUGUUUGUGGACGUUUUUUCGAUCAAAAUGGUGAUGAUAUUGUGAAUGAUUCAUUUAUUUGUUGCGGAAAUAUUACAUUCAGCAUGCUUCAACAUUUUGGACCUCUCCCAUUUCGUACCCUCUUCCAUGGAGCAACGGAUAUAAUGGUAGAGGGUUUCUCCUUUGACUUGACGGUGGAGCAGGUGGCGAUGCUCACACAACUCUUCGCUGCCUUUAUGGAGCAAUUCCCAAUGCGAGAUGCACGCAUGGUGCAGGAAAUCGAGAAGGCACGCACAAUGGCGGCUUACUCUGCAGAAAACUUGGUCUCACGUGGGGUUCGGACACGAAGAAAUUCCUCUUGGCCGACCACUGAAGGUGGCCAAAUUCCACAGCUAGAAUCUAUUGAAAACAAUAUUUAUUCACCGGGGAUUGUGGAGAGAAGAUCUACUGCUGCUGUCGCUGCUGAUGUACGUGAAGCUCUACAGCGAUAUCUUGCACUUGAUGGGGCAGUUGUACAAACACCCUUCUCUGAAUUGGUGCCUGAGUCCGUGGCGGCACGCUUCCAUGAGUAUCUAGAGUCUUUUGCUGCGGCGAGUGAUAAGGAGAAGGAUUACGCCGUUGUUACUACGCUUGCCUCGGUUAAUCGUGGGUCUGGGUGUGUACGAAUAGGGCCAGAUAGUUACUUGGAGUUGCAAUUACCCCACGGUGUACAAUUUGCUGCAUCAACACUGAAUGAUACCAAUUCCAACUCCCGACAGAGUCUUGCUGUGCGUUCUAUUGCUCUUCGUGGGUUUUGCCGACAGGAUUCAAAUGAGUUUGGUAAGAGUAGUGAUGACUUUUCGGAAGUAUUCUGCAUUGAAACAUCGCUUCGGGUAAGGCAAUACACCGCGUAUCCAUUUGAUGGUGGUCUUGAGGCACAUCUUGAGAAACAACGUCAAUUUGUGGAAAUGAAUGACUUGCAACGGGGAUUCUCUUCGGAAUUCCAACGUACACCGGAGACUCCGGUUCGAAGAAGUUAUAUGUCUGAACCACAAACAGCACCACCGAGCCGGCGAGAGGAAUAUCUCCGUAAACGGUAUGAAGAUGGACCACUGGGUGAAGAAGAUAUGCCACAGCAAGAACGAGAUUCAAUUGAGCAAAGCACAAUUCUACAAAUAAGAAAUUUCGAACAUCAGUUAUCAUUUCUGCAAGAUCAAGCUACUGAGGUAACGAGGGAUAACACUGAUGGAUCAUCAGAAUUGGUGAACCAGAAUACUAUGCUGUCCGUUAGUGGUAUUAAUAAUAACACCUCUCAGAGAUUUUUAACUUGUGUUUCUGCAACUGAUUUGAGCGAUUCUGAAGAGGAAGAGGAAGAGGAAGAAGAAAAAGAAGAGGAUGUUCGUGAUGAUGAUGAUAGUAGUAGUAGUAGUGGGAGCAAGCAUCUCGCGAAAUACACUUUUGAUACCACACAAGUUUCUCACGAAAAAACAUCAUCAGUACCGCUGGAUAUGGAAAAAGAUGGACUUAUGAUGCGUCCAUCUGAAUCAUUUUCAUCGUUCCUACGUCCAUUCUUUCUACACUCGCUUGGAGGUGAUGAGAAUGUAUGGCUCAAAUACAAUAAACCGUCACUCUCUGGAGUUCGAGGUCCCCGUGAUCGGACGUACUUUAACGCAGAGAUUCCCUCGACGGUAUUUUUUGCCGCUAUGGAACCGCACCGUUCACCGCAGUUUCGCAUGGCACAAGAGGAGAAGCUGUUUCUUCAAAGAACUGGUGUUAGCAGUAGUAAUAACAACACUGGAAAUAACAAUAGUGAGGACGAUGAAGAGGCGGAUGUGUGGGCGCUCCGUCGCACAGAUAAUAGUAAGCGCUCACAGGAGGGAUCCACAUCAAAGCAUUUACAUGUAGAGGCUGUAUCACCAUUGAUCGCACUGGUAACACCACAGUUUGUACGAAAAAUAUGUUUUGAUGCCGAGAUGAGAUUUCUCGCACUAGUGCGACACUACCAACGACCACCCGACACCCCUUCCACGUGUACGAACUUGCCGACAGUGAGUGAGUGUGAUCGCACCGGGGGGUUUACACAUCAAACGCAGCAUAGAAAACGAAGGGGUAUUCAUAAGAAGGAUCUAAGCAAAAAUCGUGUUCAUCAAAAGCGAUGGUUAUCGGCAGUUCGAAUUAUUAGUGUUAUUCUUCCGUGUAUUGAGGUCAAAGUACUUACAGAACUCCCUGUACCACCCGAAAAUAUGGCACCCAACACAACUUGUAAUGGAGUCUAUACAACAAUGCUUGGCGUUCGAUCAUUUCAGUUUGUCAUGCAACGAACUCUUCCUCCAGCGCACGCUGCUAUUAAUGUUGAGAAAACUGUCAUUUCUGCUUCUAUCACUCUCUCUUCCCUGGCUAUUAUUACACAGGUGGAGUAUGAACCUGUAGUUCGGCAUGGAAAUCUACACAUAAAAAUUCCAGGAGUUGUGUAUGAUGAUGAAAAAGAUACUCUUGCUGUAGCAUAUCUCACCUCAUUCUGUGGACGAGGAAGACGUACCACUUCGCAAGGCAUGCAGAAUGGCAGUUGUCACAUAACUGUAGACACCAUGGCUUUCCACAUUACGCGUGAUUUUUUUCACUAUGUAUGGUCAAUGAAGGCAUUGUUUGAGCAGCUAUCAAAAAUGCGUCUUUCACAGAACCAAAAAGGCAUUUCUUAUUCUGAUUUGCAAGAAUCAAUCAAUAUUUUCCAUCUACGCGGGAAUAGCAUGCGUGAUUUUGUGUUUCCAAGACUCGCACAACAGUCAGAAUACCCUUUUUUAUCAACAGACUAUGGUAUAGAGGCCAAUCUAAUCCUACAAGGUGUAGCUUCCAUCAACUGUGUGCGGAUCGAACUUUUUGACGUUACUCGUGAGGGCAAAUACCUGCAGGUUUCCACCAAUCGUCCGAGUUUUAUUGAAAUAAAGCGUCCUUCCGCCAAGUUUCUUGCAAAGGUACCAAUGAAGGGUAAAGGUGAGAGUGGGAUACAUAUUGCAGGCAACAGAGAAUCCGCAUUUACUUCAACUCCCUCUGCAUUAUGUGACCCAUUCUUAGCUGAAGAUGUCAACCGCCCCGUAUUACCACCAGAGCGACAUCGAAAACAACGGCGAGACGCACAGGUUAACUUUAUUGGGGAGGUGGACUCUUUACUAAUAAAGUGUUAUCCGUCUUUACUUCAUAUAUUUGGUGCAGCGAAAGAGAAGUCAUUAGGUGUACUACCCCCAAGUAAUAGAGGAAUUUCGCAACGGCAUAUGUCUAAUGUUGUUUGUGAGCUUCUAAAUCUUUCUGAAAUGAAUGCACCUGGUGGUGGAAUUGGAGUUGUAUUUGUGGGAAGCUUCGCUUUACAUCAGCUGGAUGUAUCGAUGCUGUAUUCAGAGUUAAAUUUCAUGCAGUUUAAAGGGUCAAAGAUAACUGGAUGUGGUGAGUCUCGCACGGAACAUGUGAGUUCACGAGAGUGUGUUCAGACACAUGUUCUUACUGCAGCAAUUUCUGAAAGAAUUCGGGAAAAGUUACGCCAAUUGGCAAAAAGGGCACGAGAACGGGCUCCUAACAGCCGUUGCGCCGCUCCUCCCUCUGUUACACCACAACUUCAUUUAAAGAGUAGCGCUGUUUUCUUCGCAGAGACAAUGUUCCUUCAGUAUGUUGCCGAUGUGAUUGUGCCAGGUACUACCACUAGUAGUGAAAGCACCACUAUGAAUACGCUUCGAGGUCAGGAAGAGUCAAGUGUCUUUAUUGCAGUUGUCAAGAAUAUUGCUCUUUGCGUACAUAAGGCGAGCCAAAACGUUUGUUUCAGUGAUGAUCGAGACCCUAAAGAUUAUCCAGAGAAAGAUUUUAAGGUGGGCCGUGAAGGAGAGCAAAUAAAUCUUCAAAUAGAUGUUGGAAAAAUUACGGUAUCAUCACCAUAUCGUCCCCAGGCUACUGAGACAGUACGGCCGCAACUGCAUGAAUGGUUGCAAGGUUGGAUGGAUGCGAGAAAGAUUUUACAAGCGAUGCGAGAUGCUCGAGCAACAUCUACUCAUGAGGGUUCUUUAUCCUUCUCAGGUCGUCCAGGAAAAAGAAUGCACGCAUGGUUUUGUGCAAUGCAGAUACAUGAUGUUCAAGUGAAAAAUGAUUUGCCCCAGGGUAUUACUUUGGAACUGGAUAUUCCUCUAGUUUCAGCCUUUUUAACUGCCUCUUCCGACCAGCGUUUAGCACUCAAGACACAUUUUCAUCCCUUCACACUGACUUCCAAAAGCUUUUCAACAGGGCACCAUGCUGUUGAGUUGCCAAGUGUUUAUAUUAUCUACGCCAAAGAUGAAGUUAGACAGACAGGUACGUGUUUGAUGCAGAGUGUUGAAAUCCAGGUGUCACCAAUUAUUAUUACCCAUGUGUUGUUAAUUUUGGAAAGACUUGUAGCGGUACGUGAGGCAUUAUUAAAUCCAAUUAGUGUAGAAGAAGAAGAAAACAGAGGUCCUACAAAGUUUCAGAUACCAAAACAAAUACAGUCAAAGGUAUCACUUGGAUUGAAAGAUCACUUUUUGUUUCUUCUUGCAGGACUUAGAAUCUCGUACCUUACAUCCAUGACGAACCUACGCUUUUCCAUACGUAGACUUAGCGUGACGACGGAUAAGGUCUCUUGGGGUAAGCACCGAAAAGCAAAUAUAGCGGCAAAUGUCUCUAAUGCACAAGUUGCACUUGUGGAUCGUGAUGAUUAUGAUCAACUACAAGCUGCGUUGCGUCAGGCUGCGAUGUACACUCGUAGCGAAUCCUCUGUGCCUAGUACAAAGGCAGCACUGUUACUGCACCGUCCCGCCUUUGCACGUUCUAGUGAGUUACCACAAACAGUUCGUCCACUGAGCGGUUUUAUUUGGGGUCUUUUUGAAGCCUCAUUUUCCCUUUCGAGUGGUAGAAGUGAUAUAAAUGAGCUACGCGCAGUGCUAGAGAACUUACUUGUGGAUAAACCUGUGUCUCCUGUGGAUUUACGUGAGUUAAAUAGACUUGGAAGUACUGCCACACGAUGGAACAUAUCAGUCACUUCACCACUUAUUAUUGCUCGAAUCGGAUUAAUUCCACUCUUACAGCAAUCCAUUGAUGAGACCACAUACCUUGUGGAGGAAAUUAGGUUUGCGGCACAGCGGGAGGGUCGUUUGUUCCAUAGACAACUAACAAAGUCAGCGGCGUACCGACGACUUGUGCGAGUGCGUAAACAGAUGGAGGCUGUUAAGAGAAAGUCGGAACGGUUAAGGAUUGAACGGCUCAGAAAUCUUACCGCAGGGAUGGUACCAAGGAACAGUUCGACAUUUCAGCGACGCCCUUCGUUAUCCUUUUCUAGCGAUACUGCAGUUCGUGAUUCUAUGGAGGAAGAUCUUUUUAAUGCCACUUCUGAUAGUAAGUUUGUUGCAACAGUGUCAAAUUUUCUCGUCGUUAUACCCUUCGGGGAUGCCGCAUAUCGCAGCAUUUUGGAAGAAUUACCAGACGUAUAUGUGAAUGGACGUGGUGAUCCUGUGCUGAACCGCAAGAAAUUUAUUCCCACUAUGGCAUUAAAGAUGAAGGUGGAAAAAAUUACAUUUAUAUGUGGACUUCUUAAGACGCAACGAUGCGUGCCUGUGAUUCCAUCAAUGGUAAAUAACGACAAUUCCAGUGGAUUUCUAGAGGAGGCAGCAAUGAAAUCUGCGAAUAAGUUAAAGUUUACGGCUCGCUUUGCACUGGAUGAUGCACACUUGUACUUUAGUGAUGGUUCACCUAUUAAAUCCGACUCUUCAGCAAGAGAAUUGCUUGGUACAACACAUAUACUUGGAGGCCUCGGUACCCUCACUAGCUCCGAUCGUAAGGAGUAUCGUUACUCUUUGUCAAAGUUAUAUUUGAACUCUAUUGAUAUUCCGCUUCAUAUUACUAAGCAAGGGAAUGAGGUGAAGAUAGGUGCCACUGCAGAAAUGAGUGCCCCCAGAGUCACUCUUUCAACACGUUUUGUGAGUAUUCUUAGCCAGCUUAUUCAGGAAAUACCAUUAAAAGCAUUCCCUCCUUUUCCCCAACAACAUGCAGCAUCUAACGCGACGAGUGAUGGCACUAUCACCACCACAGUAUCGUCAGCAACCGUAAGAGGAGUAAGUGUAGAGUCGGAUUUUUAUGUUGACCCAGUGGCUUUAUUAGAAGAAACGAAAUCGAUAGAUAAAAAGACCCCAUUAUUAUACUCCUUUGACGUGACAGCACGAAUUGAUCGUGGUGAAGUGAUCAUUUACUCUGUCCAAAAGGAUUCUACUACAGGGGCCCCUGUAUCUUCGCAAACAGGGGAGGAUCUGACGAGUAAAAACACACGCUUAAAUCGGAGACGUGUGAGGUUCUCUAUUGCUUCGGAUAAAAGUGAGAAUACUUUACCUUCUCCCCCUGCUACUACUACUAAUACUGCUGCUGGUGGCGGUGUAUCUCUAGGAGGAAGUCCCAUGGCGGCACUUCUUACAAUACCAAUUCCUGACAUUACCGCGCGGGUCGUAGUAACAUUGGGUGGUAAUAUGAGUGAUGAGGAGCAAACGAUCAUUCGUGUGGAAAUUCGGGCAAAUACCGUGGAAAUUGGUCCUUCAAUACUCUCACUUGCGCAAGAGAUUGAAGAAUGGAUGGCAGUAUAUGAUCGUGAUAAGAGUGAACGUACAGGUAAGAUCCUCGCUAUUGUGAAAGAAUGGGAGAAGGAUAUCACCAAUAGUAUACUUUCUUUGCAUUCACCUAUUGCUGAUGUGGCGUUGCCGUUACCACGUGCCUUUGCUGCUGGAAUGGCUCAAAUUCGUGCAAACUCAAGUAAUGUUAGUGCUAUACGACGACACCGAGGACACCAACGGUCUUGGUCCUUGCCGACACGUUUGUUGAGCCCUUCAAAAUUGGGACCAAUUCAGAAAGUUGACACUAAGAAAAGCAGUUUUAUGAGUAUUCAUAUACGCCUAACUGGAUUUCGUCUUGUGUUGACAACAGAACCUGUCUCAACAGUUGGCCUCUCACUAUUUUUAGAGGAACGUGGUGGAAGUCUUGAUUUCUUUGUGAAACGGGUAUUAGGAAAACACUCAGUGCGGUUUGUCAACACACCAGCGGCCACGCCUCCAGUGGUGUCAUUCUUUCUCUGCGUACGUCGUUUGCGGGUGGAGUGUCAGGCGAAGUUAGAGGUGAAAUCAUUUGAAAUGGAUCUCCCGGAAUUGGAGAUGUGCGCUGCACUUCGUCGUCGUAGUCGCCAUCGCAAAACAUGGUCGUUGAUGAAUUUCUCUGUGUGCAUUCCUCCGAGUGGUUCAGGUGGUACGGAGUUGAGUAUUACACUGCACGCAACACACUUGUCACAACUCUUUAUUGUUCAGGAACUUUGGCACAGAACCUUGUACGCGUCGCUUCACAGCAUUCGUCAAAUGUUCGCCCGCGGAGCUCAUAUAAUUAAAGAAAAUGUGAGUAAAAACCCUGUUAUACAGCGACGUAUGGCUUCAUUACAGAAGAUUAUUGUAGAGGAGACGCUUAUGGUUGUACUUACAGCUUCGCACAGCAAGGUACGUAUUGAUCUUGGUUCGGGCAACGCUCAGCAAGCAUCACUUGGUGGUAUUAACUUUGCGUUACAGUCCACAAAAACCGCUAAUCACGCUUGCCGCAAGGUAUGUUUUGACUUGGCUGUGAGAUCCUUCAUGUUACGCUCCGAAGGUGUUCUUUCUGGCGCAGCAAGCCUUGAAAAUGGCUUUCUAAAAGGAUUUUUAAUAGAAAAUGCGGAUGGUGUGAAAGUGUUAACGCGCUCACCUGGAGGACGAACAUUCCGUCAGGCAAUGUGUACACAAAAACUACAUAUAAUGUUUAAGGAGAGGCAGCUCAAGGAUGUGUUUGAGUGUCAUGUUGGGGAGUUCUCUGGAAAUGCUAUGGAUGGUGUUGGAGAGGAGGACAGUGCCACAGUCCAUGCAGAAAUGUUUCUAAGAAGAGGUAAUGUAUUGAUAACUCCAAGCACCGUCCCGGCAUUUCUCAGCACCAUUAGGAUUUUUAGCGAGAUUGUCGCAGCCCAACAGAAGGUGACAGCGGAAAAACUUAUUGAUAGUGGUGUACAGGGAAUAAAAACUUCGUUAACAGAGAAGAUGAAAGACGUUGUUCGCGGUGUUGAGUGGGUUCUGGAUCACCGCAAUUCCACUGGAGUGGACAAGAGUGCAAAUCUUCUCUCAGACUUUCCUGAAACUGCUGGUGCUGCUAAUGCUUUGAGUGAUGGCGACAGGAAAGCCAAUGUAAGUACUGUAUCCAAAGAAAUUGAUAACAGCAAGAGCAAUAUGUGUAUUCUUUUUAUGGGGAAUCCCCUUACACGCAUUCCAUGCGGCCAAUUCGAAAUCAAAGUGGAACAGACGACUUUAUUGUUGGGAAAUGCCCCAAAAGGUAUGAAUACCUUAAGUAGUCUCGUAGCAGUUUUUCCCCGGGCAACACUUUCCUUUGCGGAGUGUCCAAGUGAAGGUAGAAGUGUGAUAAAAAAGAUGCUAGUACUUGAUGCGGAAAAUGUAGAGCUUUUCCGACCUGGUUCCGUUAAGGUACUUAUUCUAGGUUUCCGCGGGCCCAAUAAGUUUGAAUUUUACUCUAGACAAAAGAUAGGAGAAAGUGAGGUGGGGUUUGUGCUGAGUUUGGAUCAGGCACACCCUUGGACUGGGAACCCACGUUUCCAAGAUUUUCAAGAAAUGAUUCAGCUCGCCCGCUCCUUUACUGCAAAAAGUAAUGCCGAGGUUUUUCAACAUUUUGGUGAAGUUGAUCAUUUAUGGCCUAAUGAAAGAGAAAAAGUCGUUGCUGCUGAUGAUAAUGAAAGUAAAACAGUCAAGCAAGAUGUCGAGACAAAACCCGUAGAUGAGAGACGCCUAAAAGCACUAAAAAACGUAAAAUUUUCACCUCAUUUACGUUUUGGGGGUGACGUUGCAGUUAAUAUCGAUGUCAUUCUUAAUUGGCUUGGUAUAUCAGAGAAAAUGUUGCCGUAUAUUAUUCAUGUGAAACUGUGCGAUAAAAUGGAAGCCCUUUUGAACCACCUUUAUGAAAAAGAAAGAACGAAUGUGAGUUAA